AUGCGUGUCGGAUACCUUGCCCUUGCCGCGGCCGCUGCUGUCGUCACAGCGCCCACCCAGACCACACCAGACACAACUGCUGCGUGCACCUACUUUGGCAACCGAGGAACCGUCGACAGCGGCACCUGCCUGCAGAAGCCUGGAAUCAGCAUCGACGGAAGCGAGUUCGACUCGUACUGCCAGAUUGAGGCGUAUGAUCACAUGGGCUACACCGUGGCUUUUGUUGGUGCGGGAUACAGGGGUAGCUGCUGA